AAGAGCCAGCGCCAUGUUGAAGUCACCAUUGCCAAUCAGAUCCCUCUUGUUCCUGCAGCUGCCUCUUCUGGGGGUGGGGUUGAUCCCCAAGAACCUCACAUCCAAUGGGAAGGAAGACAUCAUACUUGCCAAUUCAGAUUCCUUCUCAACCUCUACACCCUCUGGCAACUUCAGUGUUUCCAGCCUGCCCCUCCCAGAGGUCCAGUGUUUUGUAUUCAAUAUUGACUACAUGACUUGCACUUGGAACAGCAGCUGGGAGUCCCAGCCCACCAACCUGACUCUGUAUUAUCGGUAUCCAAAGUAUAACAACAUCCAGGAGUGUGGCCGUUAUCUGUUCUCUGAACAGAUCACCUCUGGCUGUUGGUUUUCCAAGAAGGAGAUUGAACUGUACUUCACAUUUGUUGUCCAGCUCCGGGACUCCCGGGGCCCUAGAAGACAGAACACGUAUAAACUGAAACUUCAAGAUCUGGUGAUCCCCUGGCCUCCAGAGAAUCUAACCAUUCACAAUCUGAGCGAAUCCCAGCUAGAACUGAGCUGGAACAACACACUCAUAGACAAAUGUUUGGAGCACAUGGUACAGUACCGGAGUAACUUGGAUCACAAAUGGACUGAGCAAUCUGUGUCUUAUAGGCAUAGCCUCUCUCUGCCUAGUGUGGAUGGGCAGAAGCUCUACACCUUCCGUGUUCGGAGCCGCUACAACCCGCUCUGUGGCAGUGCUCAAGUCUGGAGUGAUUGGAGCCAACCGAUUCACUGGGGCAGCAACACUUCAAAGGAGAGUGCAUCUAAGGGACAGACUCCUUCAUGGUUUGCGCUGGAAGCUGUCCUCAUACCCCUUGGCUCCAUGGGGUUGAUGAUUACCCUCAUCUGUGUAUACUGCUGCCUAGAACGGACUAUGCCCCGAAUUCCCACCCUGAAGAACCUGGAGGAUCUAGUUACUGAAUACCAUGGGAACUUCUCGGCCUGGAGCGGUGUGUCUAAAGGACUGGCGGAGAGUUUGCAGCCAGACUAUAGUGAGAGGCUCUGCCACAUCACUGAGAUCCCCCCGAAAGGAGGGGCCUUAGGAGAGGGGCCUGGAGGCUCCCCCUGCAGCCAGCAUGCCCCCUACUGGACUCCCCCAUGUUAUACCCUGAACCCUGACCCCUGACAAAAUCUCAAGAGUCCUGUAACAUCAAGUUGUACUAUCCCUCCCCUCAUCCAAACCAGCCUGGGGCGAACACCACUUCAUUUCUCCUCCAACUCUGGCUGAUUUUGUGUUCUGUGACCCCUGUAUUUGCACCCUCAUUCUAGAUCUCCUCCUCGAGUACUGCCAUUGUGCCCUGUGUUUCUGUCUCACCCCCCCCCCAAAGCCCUGUCCUGUCCAAAGAAUUCUUUCUCCCUCCCUCUUUCCAGCUACCCUUCAAUUGUUCCUGACUCUGAAAAUAAAGUUUUUGCUGGUAAUCAC